AUGGACACCAUUCAGAGCGUCCUCCCCGCCGACGCUACCGCGCGCAUCCUCGAGCAGUACCUCGCCAGCGUAUCCCAAUCGCGCGAGUCUGGCUACGACAGCGACGAGGCGAUGUCCACCGACUCUGAUGCGUCAUUCACCGAGGAGGGCUCCUCGUCCUUCGCCACCACCUCGAGCGACGUCGCCUCCGCGCUCUCCUCGCUCACCCUCUUCGACCGCGUGCACACCGCCGACAUCGCUUCGGACGACUCCGCAUUCAGCAGCGACGACGAGUUCGCCGAGGAGGGCACCCGCGCGGAGCAGCAGCUCAGGAGGGACCUCGUCCUGGGCCGCCCGCCGCAGUCGCUGCUGCGCUGGCGCCCGCGCGAGCUCAACGACCUGCACGAGUCGUACAUGAAGCAGCUCGCCGACGCGGACGUCGAGCUCGCGGAGCUCACGGACGUCCCGAACGACGUGAUCGUCCGCCGACAGGUGUCAGCCGAGUGCCGCGCGCCCCCCGAUAUGGAUGGGCGGGAUACGGCGGCGGUCGUGCGCGAGCUGCGGAUGCGCUCGUCGAAGGAAAUUGCAGAUAUGGAGAAGCCUGAGUCGGUGAGGGCGUUGAUGCUCCUCGCGCAGGCGUUGUUCAGGCGCGAGAAGGAGAUCAAGAGGAUCCUGUACAGGAAAGACCAGAUGGACGAAGACAGCGAGGAAGACUAA